AUUCAAUGGACUAAAGAUACUCACGAAGAAGCCGAUUUUGGAAGAGAAAAUAUUUUGCGCAAGUCUUCUCGUUUUUUGGUUCUGGAAAGGAAACCAUGUAGUGCCAACUCUCCUCAUAAUGUUCUCGUGAAUCUAGCCAUCGUUGCAAGCAAGGAUGCUGUUCCUCCUGACUUCACCGUAAUCGAAAGAACACUAGACACACGCGAACGUUGUUUUAAGGGAAAGCAUUUGUGCGUUAAGUAUGAUGCAUGGAAACCGAACAUGACAGCUGUAACAGACGUUGUCAUUUUCAAAAAUCGCAGCGAUGGGCUGAUGGGUCAUACUGUGAUUGGUGAGCUGUCAGAACAGCGCAUUUUGGCAUGUGUCCUGUCCCCGCUUGGAGGCAAUAGUCAGGCUAGAAAGAAGGCACCUGGGAGGCCGGCUGAGCUGCCGCAAAAACCAAUCAUAUACAACCCUAUGAGCGGCGUGCCGUUUCAACUCACUAGGGACUGCAGAGUUGGCGAUUCAGAUGAUAUUAUGAGUCGUUACUCUAUCCAUCCGAAAUCGCGGGAGGCCAUAGAGGAUCAGGUACACAUCUACAUGAGUGUCUGGUGCAUGUUAUUCCUUCGACUUUUCUCUAGAAAAAACUCUGAAGGAGCCCUGAAGGAUGUCGUCGAUGUGGACUCCAUUAUGCGUUUCUGGGUUCAGGCGGGAGGCGUUGCGGUGUGA